AUGGACCAUUGCAGUGCUCCCAAGAGUACUCUUUCUAUGAAGGUCUGUCGUUAUGGAAACCAAGAAAAUUCUGUGCUCAAAGUGGAAACAGAGACAGAAGUGAGAGUUAAAUAUGAUGGAACUGUACUAGAAGAGUGUGUUACCGCUGGUUCCACGGACGAGGUGGUUGGCACAGUCGAAGUACUGGCAGGAUUCGAGGUGCUCGUCACCGCUGGUUCCAUGGACGAGGUGAUUGGCACAGUCGAAGUACUGCUGGGAAUCGAGGUGCUCAUCACCGCUGGUUCCACAGACGAGGUGGUUGGCACAGUCGAAGUACUGGCAGGAUUCGAGGUGCUAGUCACCGCUGGUUCCACGGACGAGGUGGUUGGCAUAGUCGCAGUACUGCUGGGAUUCGAGGUGCUCGUAACCGCUGGUUCCACGGACGAGGUGGAUGGCAUAGUAGUAGUAGUACUGGCAGGAUUCAAGGUGCUCGUCACCGCUGGUUCCACGGACGAGGUGGUUGACAUAGUCGCAGUACUGCUAGGAAUCAAGGUGCUAGUCACCGCUGGUUCCACGGACGAGGUGGAUGGCAUAGUAGUAGUAGUACUGGCAGGAUUCAAGGUGCUCGUAACCUCUGGUUCCACGGACGAGGUGGUUGGCAUAGUCGCAGUACUGCUAGGAUUCAAGGUGCUCGUCACCCUGGUUCCACGGACGAGGUGCUAUCACCGCUGGUUCCACGGACGAGGUGGAUGGCAUAGUAGUAGUAGUACUGGCAGGAUUCAAGGUGCUCGUCACCGCUGGUUCCACGGACGAGGUGGUUGGCAUAGUCGCAGUACUGCUGGGAUUCGAGGUGCUCGUAACCGCUGGUUCCACGGACGAGGUGGUUGGCAUAGUCGCAGUACUGCUAGGAUUCAAGGUGCUCGUACCGCUGGUUCCACGGACGAGGUGGUUGGCAUAGUCGCAGUACUGCUGGGAUUCGAGGUGCUCGUCACCGCUGGUUCCACGGACGAGGUGGUUGGCAUAGUAGUAGUAGUGGUAGGAUUUGAUGUGCUAGUCACCGCUGGUUCCACGGACGAGGUGGAUGGCAUAGUAGUAGUAGUACUGGCAGGAUUCAAGGUGCUCGUCACCGCUGGUUCCACGGACGAGGUGGUUGGCAUAGUCGCAGUACUGCUGGGAUUCGAGGUGCUCGUAACCGCUGGUUCCACGGACGAGGUGGUUGGCAUAGUCGCAGUACUGGGAUUCGAGGUGCUCGUAACCGCUGGUUCCACGGACGAGGUGGUUGGCAUAGUCGCAGUACUGCUGGGAUUCGAGGUGCUCGUAACCGCCGGUUCCACGGACGAGGUGGUUGGCAUAGUAGUAGUAGUGGUAGGAUUUGAUGUGCUAGUCACCGCUGGUUCCACGGACGAGGUGGAUGGCAUAGUAGUAGUAGUACUGGCAGGAUUCAAGGUGCUCGUCACCGCUGGUUCCACGGACGAGGUGGUUGAGAUAGUCGCAGUACUGCUAGGAUUCAAGGUGCUCGUAAUGUCUGGUUCCACGGACGAGGUGGUUGGCAUAGUCGCAGUACUGCUGGGAUUCGAGGUGCUCGUAACCGCUGGUUCCACGGACGAGGUGGUUGGCAUAGUCGCAGUACUGCUAGGAUUCGAGGUGCUCGUAACCGCCGGUUCCACGGACGAGGUGGUUGGCAUAGUAGUAGUAGUGGUAGGAUUCGAGGUGCUAGUCACCGCUGGUUCCACGGACGAGGUGGAUGGCAUAGUAGUAGUAGUACUGGCAGGAUUCAAGGUGCUCGUCACCGCUGGUUCCACGGACGAGGUGGUUGAGAUAGUCGCAGUACUGCUAGGAUUCAAGGUGCUCGUAAUGUCUGGUUCCACGGACGAGGUGGUUGACAUAGUCGCAGUACUGCUAGGAUUCGAGGUGCUAGUCACCGCUGGUUCCACGGACGAGGUGGAUGGCAUAGUAGUAGUAGUACUGGCAGGAUUCAAGGUGCUCGUCACCGCUGGUUCCACGGACGAGGUAGUAGUACUGGCAGGAUUCAAGGUGCUCGUCACCGCUGGUUCCACGGACGAGGUGGUUGACAUAGUCGCAGUACUGCUAGGAUUCAAGGUGCUCGUAACCUCUGGUUCCACGGACGAGGUGGUUGGCAUAGUCGCAGUACUGCUGGGGUUCGAGGUGCUCGUAACCGCCGGUUCCACGGACGAGGUGGUUGGCAUAGUAGUAGUAGUGGUAGGAUUUGAUGUGCUAGUCACCGCUGGUUCCACGGACGAGGUGGAUGGCAUAGUAGUAGUAGUACUGGCAGGAUUCAAGGUGCUCGUCACCGCUGGUUCCACGGACGAGGUGGUUGAGAUAGUCGCAGUACUGCUAGGAUUCAAGGUGCUCGUCACCGCUGGUUCCACGGACGAGGUGGUUGGCAUAGUCGCAGUACUGCUAGGAUUCGAGGUGCUCGUAACCGCUGGUUCCACGGACGAGGUGGUUGGCACAGGCACAGAAGUACUGGCAGGAUUCGAGGUGCUCGUAACCGCUGGUUCCACGGACGAGGUGGUUGGCAUAGUCGCAGUACUGGUAGGAUUCAAGGUGCUCGUCACCGCUGGUUCCACGGACGAGGUGGUUGACAUAGUCGCAGUACUGCUAGGAUUCGAGGUGCUCGUCACCGCUGGUUCCACGGACGAGGUGGUUGGCAUAGUCGCAGUACUGCUGGGAUUCGAGGUGCUCGUAACCGCCGGUUCCACGGACGAGGUGGUUGGCAUAGUAGUAGUAGUGGUAGGAUUCGAGGUGCUCGUCACCGCUGGUUCCACGGACGAGGUGGUUGGCAUAGUAGUAGUAGUACUGGCAGGAUUCAAGGUGCUCGUAACCGCUGGUUCCACGGACGAGGUGGUUGGCAUAGUAGUAGUAGUGGUAGGAAUCGAGGUGCUCGUCACCGCUGGCUCCACGGACGAGGUGGUUGGCAUAGUAGUAGUAGUACUGGCAGGAUUCGAGGUGCUCGUCACCGCUGGUUCCACGGACGAGGUGGUUGGCAUAGUCGCAGUACUGCUAGGAUUCAAGGUGCUCGUCACCGCUGGUUCCACGGACGAGGUGGUUGACAUAGUCGCAGUACUGCUAGGAUUCAAGGUGCUCGUAACCUCUGGUUCCACGGACGAGGUGGUUGGCAUAGUCGCAGUACUGCUGGGAUUCGAGGUGCUCGUAACCGCCGGUUCCACGGACGAGGUGGUUGGCAUAGUAGUAGUACUGGCAGGAUUCAAGGUGCUCGUCACCGCUGGUUCCACGGACGAGGUGGUUGGCAUAGUCGCAGUACUGCUAGGAUUCGAGGUGCUCGUCACCGCUGGUUCCACGGACGAGGUGGUUGGCAUGGUAGUAGUAGUACUGGCAGGAUUCAAGGUGCUCGUCACCGCUGGUUCCACGGACGAGGUGGUUGGCAUAGUCGCAGUACUGCUGGGAUUCGAGGUGCUCGUAACCGCUGGUUCCACGGACGAGGUGGUUGGCAUAGUCGCAGUACUGCUGGGAUUCGAGGUGCUCGUAACCGCCGGUUCCACGGACGAGGUGGUUGGCAUAGUAGUAGUAGUGGUAGGAUUUGAGGUGCUAGUCACCGCUGGUUCCACGGACGAGGUGGAUGGCAUAGUAGUAGUAGUACUGGCAGGAUUCGAGGUGCUCGUCACCGCUGGUUCCACGGACGAGGUGGUUGGCAUAGUCGCAGUACUGCUAGGAUUCGAGGUGCUCGUAACCGCUGGUUCCACGGACGAGGUGGUUGGCAUAGUCGCAGUACUGCUGGGAUUCGAGGUGCUCGUCACCGCUGGUUCCACGGACGAGGUGGUUGGCAUAGUAGUAGUAGUGGUAGGAUUUGAUGUGCUAGUCACCGCCGGUUCCACGGACGAGGUGGUUGGCAUAGUAGUAGUAGUGGUAGGAUUCGAGGUGCUAGUCACCGCUGGUUCCACGGACGAGGUGGAUGGCAUAGUAGUAGUAGUACUGGCAGGAUUCAAGGUGCUCGUCACCGCUGGUUCCACGGACGAGGUGGUUGACAUAGUCGCAGUACUGCUAGGAUUCAAGGUGCUCGUAACCUCUGGUUCCACGGACGAGGUGGUUGGCAUAGUCGCAGUACUGCUAGGAUUCGAGGUGCUAGUCACCGCUGGUUCCACGGACGAGGUGGAUGGCAUAGUAGUAGUAGUACUGGCAGGAUUCAAGGUGCUCGUCACCGCUGGUUCCACGGACGAGGUGGUUGGCAUAGUCGCAGUACUGCUAGGAUUCGAGGUGCUCGUCACCGCUGGCUCCACGGACGAGGUGGUUGGCAUAGUAGUAGUACUGCUAGGAUUCGAGGUGCUCGUCACCGCUGGCUCCACGGACGAGGUGGUUGGCAUAGUAGUAGUAGUACUGGCAGGAUUCAAGGUGCUCGUCACCGCUGGUUCCACGGACGAGGUGGUUGGCAUAGUAGUAGUAGUACUGGCAGGAUUCAAGGUGCUCGUCACCGCUGGUUCCACGGACGAGGUGGUUGGCAUAGUCGCAGUACUGCUGGGAUUCGAGGUGCUCGUAACCGCCGGUUCCACGGACGAGGUGGUUGGCAUAGUAGUAGUAGUGGUAGGAUUCGAGGUGCUAGUCACCGCUGGUUCCACGGACGAGGUGGUUGGCAUAGUAGUAGUAGUACUGGCAGGAUUCGAGGUGCUCGUCACCGCUGGUUCCACGGACGAGGUGGUUGGCAUAGUAGUAGUAGUACUGGCAGGAUUCAAGGUGCUCGUCACCGCUGGUUCCACGGACGAGGUGGUUGACAUAGUCGCAGUACUGCUAGGAUUCGAGGUGCUCGUCACCGCUGGUUCCACGGACGAGGUGGUUGGCAUAGUCGCAGUACUGCUAGGAUUCGAGGUGCUCGUCACCGCUGGCUCCACGGACGAGGUGGUUGGCAUAGUAGUAGUAGUACUGGCAGGAUUCGAGGUGCUCGUCACCGCUGGUUCCACGGACGAGGUGGUUGGCAUAGUAGUAGUAGUACUGGCAGGAUUCGAGGUGAAGGUGCUGAGGCUCGUCACCGCUGGUUCCACGGACGAGGUGGUUGGCAUAGUAGUAGUAGUACUGGCAGGAUUCAAGGUGCUCGUAACCGCUGGUUCCACGGACGAGGUGGUUGGCAUAGUAGAAGUACUGCUAGGAUUCGAGGUGCUCGUAACCGCUGGUUCCACGGACGAGGUGGUUGGCAUAGUCGCAGUACUGCUAGGAUUCGAGGUGCUCGUAACCGCCGGUUCCACGGACGAGGUGGUUGGCAUAGUCGCAGUACUGCUAGGAUUCGAGGUGCUCGUCACCGCUGGCUCCACGGACGAGGUGGAUGGCAUAGUAGUAGUAGUACUGGCAGGAUUCGAGGUGCUCGUCACCGCUGGUUCCACGGACGAGGUGGUUGGCAUAGUAGUAGUAGUACUGGCAGGAUUCGAGGUGCUCGUCACCGCUGGUUCCACGGACGAGGUGGUUGGCAUAGUCGCAGUACUGCUAGGAUUCGAGGUGCUCGUCACCGCUGGUUCCACGGACGAGGUGGUUGGCAUAGUAGUAGUAGUGCUAGGAUUCGAGGUGCUCGUCACCGCUGGUUCCACGGACGAGGUGGUUGGCAUAGUAGUAGUAGUACUGGCAGGAUUCGAGGUGCUCGUCACCGCUGGUUCCACGGACGAGGUGGUUGGCAUAGUAGUAGUACUGCUAGGAUUCGAGGUGCUCGUCACCGCUGGUUCCACGGACGAGGUGGUUGGCAUAGUCGCAGUACUGCUAGGAUUCGAGGUGCUCGUCACCGCUGGUUCCACGGACGAGGUGGUUGGCAUAGUAGUAGUAGUGGUAGGAUUCGAUGUGCUAGUCACCGCUGGUUCCACGGACGAGGUGCUCGUAACCUCUGGUUCCACGGACGAGGUGGUUGGCAUAGUCGCAGUACUGCUGGGAUUCGAGGUGAUAGUCACCGCUGGCUCCACGGACGAGGUGGUUGACAUAGUCGCAGUACUGCUAGGAAUCAAGGUGCUAGUCACCGCUGGUUCCACGGACGAGGUGGAUGGCAUAGUAGUAGUAGUACUGGCAGGAUUCAAGGUGCUCGUCACCGCUGGUUCCACGGACGAGGUGGUUGACAUAGUCGCAGUACUGCUGGGAUUCGAGGUGCUCGUAACCGCCGGUUCCACGGACGAGGUGGUUGGCAUAGUCGCAGUACUGCUAGGAUUCGAAAUGCUCGUAACCGCCGGUUCCACGGACGAGGUGGAUGGCAUAGUAGUAGUAGUGGUAGGAUUCAAGGUGCUCGUAACCUCUGGUUCCACGGACGAGGUGGAUGGCAUAGUAGUAGUACUGCUAGGAUUCGAGGUGCUCGUCACCGCUGGUUCCACGGACGAGGUGGUUGGCAUAGUCGCAGUACUGCUAGGAUUCGAAAUGCUCGUAACCGCCGGUUCCACGGACGAGGUGGAUGGCAUAGUAGUAGUAGUGGUAGGAUUUGAUGUGCUAGUCACCUCUGGUUCCACGGACGAGGUGGAUGGCAUAGUAGUAGUACUGCUAGGAUUCGAGGUGCUCGUCACCGCUGGUUCCACGGACGAGGUGGUUGGCAUAGUCGCAGUACUGCUAGGAUUCGAAAUGCUCGUAACCGCCGGUUCCACGGACGAGGUGGAUGGCAUAGUAGUAGUAGUGGUAGGAUUUGAUGUGCUAGUCACCUCUGGUUCCACGGACGAGGUGGAUGGCAUAGUAGUAGUACUGCUAGGAUUCGAGGUGCUCGUCACCGCUGGUUCCACGGACGAGGUGGUUGGCAUAGUCGCAGUACUGCUAGGAUUCGAAAUGCUCGUAACCGCCGGUUCCACGGACGAGGUGGAUGGCAUAGUAGUAGUGGUAGGAUUCGACAUGCUAGUCACCGCUGGUUCAAUUACUGAAAUGUCACCUCGGGAAUUUUCGAGCCCCGUAGUAGAAACUGUAGGAAUCGAUAUCUCCGAUUUGCGCAACAGAUGGCCGAACUCUGCUGAUGUUUUUCCUUCUGAUAACUUCGUGGUCGUACUGGGGACAAUCAGUGUUGGUUGUGUAUGCACCUCUGUUGAUUGCCCAGGCGUGGAUACCUCCUGCGCGGGUGUCGCAGAACUAACUGUUAUAUCAGGUCUUCCACUUGCUGUCGUCCCGGACUCGAAAGGAAUCCCAGAUGUCGAUUUUUCCACAGUAACAGAAACAGAAGACCCGACGUGGUCUGCACCUGUGGUCGUAAUCGUAGAAACUUUCGAAGUGGCUGUGACAGAAACACUUCCCACGGUUGCUGACUGCGCUGAGGUUACAAAAGUAGGAGUGGAUAACUUUCCUUUCGUAGUUUCAGGAAUAGCAGUGGGUAAAUUACCUGAGGUUACCGAAGCGGUAAUGGGUGACUUCUCCGAAGUAGAGGGAAGAGCAGUGCUAUCCUUAGCACUUACCGCAGUUGCCUCAGUUUCUUUCGUUGUCUUCUUAUCAGCUGGACUUGUUACCGUCAUGUCCCCGAGAGGUUCUGUACUUCCUGAUAUCAUGGUUGUUGGAUCCGGUAUUUUUGUAGUAGUUACCACCUCGGACGGAGUUGUGACAAUGGCGGGAGAUGUUGCCGGGUCUGAGGUCAUCGGCGUUUUUGAAGUAUCAACUGCAUUCGUAGAGGAGGGACCAGUAAGUGGGAUUGAUGUCGACUCAGAUUUCGAUGUAGUGCUUUGGAUUGACGUACUCUCUUUCGAUUCUACAGUUGUAGAAGUUUUCGGUGUCGAAGGUUGUGCUGUUGAAGGUGACGGACUCGAAGCAAGGAUCUCUUCCGAUGUUGUAACCGCAGACGUCGAUGUAGGAUCUUCACUAUGA